AACUGAAAUGACACAAUUCUGGAUUUUCUUGUCCGAGAAGCAAUUUGUUCAGGGUACGGUCACAGCUCAGCUAUCUAAGUAGGGUCGUCAUAGCAACGUAUAAGAGUGAGAGAAAUAAAAAAUAUUCCUAUUUCUCUCACUCUUAUCUUAGAUAGCUGAGCUGUGACCGUACCCUCAUUUUUAUCUAGUCCCUUUAAUAAUUUCACUUGCAAAAGUACUAUUUGGCCUUUUUCAAUUUAGAUUUAUUAUGAAAACGAUAUAUUUUCUUUUGAAAAGAUGGACUAUGAAAAAGGCAAUUCCUUUUAAAUUCUUAAUGCUAUAGAGGUUCUACACACAUGUGAUAACACCUUAAGUUAAAAACCUCUACCUAACCUAAACUAAAAACCACCUGUCAAAAGCAAACAAAAAUAAACAUUGAUAUAAACCAGUAUAAACUAAAUCUGUUUAUUAAAUUUGAAUUAACUAUUCAAGUAUAAUGACUAAACACAAUCGUUGGUGUUUAUUACAAUGUUUCACUAAAGAUGCUGAAUUUUAUAUAGUGAGAAAAAACAGUUUACUAGUGACCGAUGAAGCAGAAAUAAAAAUCGGGGCAAAAAUUCAGUUUCCGUAUCCUGAAGACAAAACAAAUUCAAAAAUUAAAAUUGGAAAAAUCAUUAUGGAAUCGGAAUCGCAGAAAAUAGUACAGAAUGAAAUGAAAAAGAUGAAAAUAGAAAUGGAAGAGAACGGAAUCACGAUAGAAGAUAUAAUGAAAGAAGAAAAGGAACAGUAUGAAGAAAAACGACAAGAAUAUCGCUCAAGAGCAAGACAAGAUAAUAUUGAUAUGGCAAAAUUGCUACUACAAGAGUUAGACGAAAGAACUAAACGUGAAGCUAAUUUACAGAAUAGUAUUGUUGAAGCGUUAAAUUUAACAGAAGAAACGAAUGCUUCAGUUUUGAACAUUGAAAGUUUAUUUUACGAUUUAAACAAAAUUUAAACAAAAUGUGUUUUAAAAAAAAAAUUUCGGCGUUUCUUAUUUUCUUAUUUUUGAAUGUCACAUAAUGUAAGUUCAAAUAUGAAAAUUAAACAAAAUCUGUAUACUUAGUUUAUUUGUUGAAACAGGAGAUACAUUUGUAUCUCCUGUACAUAUGUAUCCAUUUCAUAAUAAAUAAUUAAAUGAAACAAAAAAUAAAAUGACCUGAGAAAUUGAAUUUCACACAUUUUUCGUUAUUAUCAUAUGAAAUUAGCUGCUAACUUUUAUUUGUUACGUUUGCAUUUUAAAACAAAAUAGGAACGAAAAUAUAAAAGCGAUGUCAUUUUCAUCUAAUUUGCUGCUAGUCAAAUCGUGAAAUUUAUUCAAUUUAAAAAUUAAACUUUUUUUAUUGAAAAAUGGAUCAAGAAUUACUUCUUAUUGAGGGCGAUGGUUGUUUCACAAUUAUAAAUAAAAUGUCAGUCAUUUUCGAUUCAAGUAUUCCGGAACUGAAACGUGGGAUAACCAUCAAGUAUCUUUGGCCAGAAUUUUCUGCAGUGCAAAAACGUUACACGGGAACCAUAAUUGGCAUGUCAAACAGCGAGAAAGAAUUGCUAACACUGCAAAAUCAAAAAUUAAAGGAAGCUGGAAAAAGAAGUCAGGCAAAGAAACGAAAACUUCAAUGCGACUCUUUUUCUGAAAGUGAGGAUCAAUCAAAUUUCGAUGAAUCAAGUUCAAAUGUAAUUUUUGACAAAAUUCAAGAGGCAUUGCAACUUAACAAACAGUUAACUAAGAUUUUAGAGGAUUUAAAAAAACUCGCUUUUUCUGUUGACCGAAGCCAAGUAACUGAGCACCAGGCAUCUACAUCUUUCAAUUCGCUUUUGGAAAAUCCACAUUCCUCAAUAAUUUCAAAAUCCAUAAAAGAAAAAGCAGUUACUAAGCCUCUCGCAUCUACUGCUUUCAAUUCGAUUUUGGAAAAUUAUAGCGAAGACUAUGAGGAAAGUGAAGGUGAACAACAUCUUGAAAAAGAAAACAUCACUGGUCCUAAACUCAUGGAAACAGAGGGUGUUGUUGAAGAGAACAAUAUGUUCAUAUUUACGAAAAGUACUGCCGGCGAUAAGGCUGUUGAAUUGAUCUCAGAGAGCGAUGUAUAUAUCGAUAAAACCGUUUUGAAAGACUGCAAACGCAAAGCAACAUCGCAUAAUGCAUUAGCGCGAAUGCUAAUGUCCAACAUUUUUACUGCAGAAGCACUUCUUCAAUAUAAUUUGGAAACAAAAAAGAACAAGGAAGGACUUCCAAGUUCUGUCAUUGACGUGAUUUUAAAAUAUUGUAUCAAUGUAGCAAGGAAGCAGUGUUGCCAAUUACAUGGAAAUUUCCCGGAAUACGGGAAAUUUUGA